AAAUUGUGGUCCAUCGGUGCACAUUGAUUUUCUUGGUAAACCUGAUUAACAAUUAGAACAACUUCUGGGUUGCCAGGUUGGGAAUAAUCCCUCUGGGUCUUGUUUAUCCUUCAUACGCUACAGAUGGAGCACCUUGCCCUUCAUGAUGGAAACUCCUCAUCAUCUCACAGCUCAGUCAACGCAGAGAUCCUGUCUCGGACUGGCUACACACUACUGGCCGUUAUCAUGGGUGUGUUCUCUGUGGCGGGGAUCUUCCUCAAUGUCCUGGUGAUCGUGGUGACAGUGAGACACAGACAGCUGAGGCAGCCACUCAGCUAUGCCCUGGUAAAUCUGGCCAUAUGUGACCUGGGCUGCGCUGUGUUUGGAGGUCUGCCCACCACAGUAACCAGUGCUAUGGGAUACUUCAGCCUGGGACGUGUGGGCUGCGUUUUAGAGGGCUUUGCUGUUUCCUUUUUUGGUAUAUCAAGUCUGUGCACAAUAGCAGUCAUUUCUGUGGAACGCUUCAUAGUGGUGUGCUAUCCCAUGGGUGCUGUGCUGUUCCAGACCAGACAUGCUGUUGCUGGAGUGGUGCUGUCCUGGCUGUGGUCAUUUUUGUGGAACACUCCACCUCUGUUUGGUUGGGGAGGUUAUGAGCUGGAGGGUGUCAAGACGUCCUGCGCCCCUAACUGGUACAGCCGGGAUGUCGGGAACAUGUCCUACAUCAUCAUAUAUUUUUGCUUUUGCUUUGCUGUGCCCUUCUCCAUCAUUAUAGUGUCUUACUCACGACUCUUGUGGACCCUGCGCCAGGUGACCAAACUGCAGAUAUGUGAGGCUGGCAGCACAAAUCGUGUGGAGAUGCAGGUAGCACGUAUGGUAGUGGUGAUGGUGUUGGCCUUUCUAGUGACCUGGCUGCCAUAUGCUGCCAUGGCCCUCGCUGUCAUCAUGGACUCCAGUUUAUAUAUUGACCCCGUCAUUGCUACUAUACCAGUUUACUUGGCUAAAAGCAGCACCGUCUACAACCCCAUUAUAUAUAUUUUCAUGAACAGACAGUUUCGAGGAUAUGCUGUUCCCACUGUUCUGUGUGGAUGGAACCCGUGGGCCUCUGAUUUACAAAUAUCUGAGGACGAGACCACGGUUGCUUCUCUCAACAAGACCCAAAGAGUUUCACCGAAACAAUCUUUGAAAGAAUAAAAGUUAAUGAAUCCCAAUGGUCUCGGCACCGUCACAACUACUUUCAACCUUUAGGCAACCCAAUCUGCACUGGACUGCAAGUUAACAUUCAUUUCACACCUUUA